AUGCUCCACAAUCCAAACAACUGGCAUUGGGUCACCAAAGAUGCCGGCCCUUGGUCGAAAGACUACCUGGACACUCAGGUCAGACAAGUCUCGGCAGAAGAAAAUGGAGUGUCGGCGAAGAUCACAAAACUCAUCUCAAUGGACGGCGACGUCGAAGUGAGCCAGCGGAAAGGGAAAGUUAUAUCGAUCUUCGAUGUUUCGCUGCAGCUCGAGUAUGAAGGGAAGACCGACGAUGGCACCGACGUCAGCGGCAGCAUCAAAGUCCCCGAAUGCGCAUAUGACACAGAGGCUGAUGACUAUGUGUUCGAUAUAGACAUCUAUUCGGAAAAGAAGGAGAAACAGCCUGUCAAAGAUCUAGUCCGUUCAAAACUAGUUCCGCAACUGAGAACAGUUUUCUCCAAGUUCGGACCAGCGUUGAUCGAAGAGCACGGGAAAGAUUUACAACACGCACCCGGCUCGAAUCCGUCGAGCGGCUUUGCAACACCAACGUGGCACCCUGAGAAGGAACGCAAACCCUUGUCGCCUGCUCCCACCACCUCGACGUCGGGCAAAUCAUCCGUCAACACCACCACAGUCACCGCCACAGAUGAAUUCCGCACCACGGCAGACGAACUGUAUCAGACCUUCACCGACCCACAGCGACUGGCAGCUUUCACACGCGCACCUCCUCGAGUAUUCGAAGGCGCCAAGCCUGGAGGGAAGUUCGCCAUCUUCGACGGCAAUGUCUCCGGAGAGUUUGUUGAACUUAAUCCACCUAAGAAGCUGGUUCAGACAUGGCGAUUAGCUCAAUGGCCAGAAGGACAUAUGAGCACUCAGGAGAUCGUCUUUGACCAGAACGAUGUCGACCGAGUGACCAACAUGCGGGUGACGUGGACUGGCGUGCCUGUUGGACAGGAAGAGGUGGUGCAGAGAAACUGGGAAGGCUACUAUGUCCGCAGCAUCAAGCAGACGUUCGGGUAA